AUGCCAAAUAACAGAGGUGUGGAAGGGACUCAUUACAUCUCGGCUACAGAAGUGUUCCUCACGUUUUCAUGGGUACAUGUGUUUGAGAAGGGCCCAGAUUAUGCUGAAAAGAAAAGCACGAUAGCAAAAGCUCUGGAGGACCUUAAAGCCAACUUCUACUGUGAACUCUGUGACAAGCAGUACUAUAAACACCAGGAGUUUGACAAUCACAUUAACUCUUACGAUCACGCUCACAAACAGAGACUGAAGGAACUGAAGCAGAGGGAGUUCGCUCGUAACGUAGCAUCUAAGUCACGGAAAGAUGAAAGGAAACAGGAGAAAGCCCUUCAACGUCUGCACAAGCUCGCUGAGCUGAGGAAGGAGACAACGUGCGCUCCCGGAAGUGGCCCUAUGUUCAAAUCCACUACCGUGACUGUGCGAGAUCAUGGCAACGAUAUCCCCCCAAGUGCUGCCGUAGAUUCUGCCGACAGACAAGAUGUCAGCUGUACGUUAAUGCCAGAUGCGCAGAAUUGUCAAGAUGUUGCUUCUGUUAUUUCUUCCUCUCCUGGAAAUGCAUGUAGUAAUAAGUCCGACCCUAACAAAUUUGGAGAUCAGGUUCAAGGAGCCCAAGGACAUAGAGUUGGGUUCUCUUUCGCUUUUCCUAAGAAAGCAGCGGUCAAACUGGAGUCUUCAGCUGCCGUUUUCUAUGAAUAUAAUGAUGAAACAUCUAUGGAGCACGGACUCAGCAGAAGAAGUAGGUUUGUUCCAGGAGGAUGUAACCUUCAGUCUCCCUCAGCGGCAGAAAUAGUCCUUAGCCCCGAGGAGAAACAUAACUGUUUUCACCCACUGGUGGAAAAAUGCAUAGACGCAGCAGAAGCUUCUGAAGCUCUCGAGUUGAAAGAGCUGGCCAGUGAAGAAAGCAGGGUGCUAGAGAGUCCGGUAUUAACUCCUGCUGUGUCCCACUCAAAGCAACUGGUCUCCUCGGACAUGGAUGGCUAUGGUGUUGAUCCAACUGCAGCAGGCUUACCGGACCCAACAUUGCCCAGGGUUGCAGAUGGUGCUCAGGUCCUGCCCCUGGACUGCAGUGGUGACGAGCUGCAGGCAACCAGCGCUCUCGCACAGGGGGUUGGGGAGGAUUGUUUAUCUCUGCAGGAUGUUGCGGAGGAAAAUCAGAAAGACAGGAGCAGUGAUUCAUCCACAACUGAAACCGAAAUAAAAAAGCUGGGGGUAGAUGCAUUAGUUCCAUCACCGUCUGAAGAAGGUAGUUGUGGAGCCCCACAAAGCAAACCGGACAUGCGCAAGAGACCUUGUGAACCCUUUGUUCCUGUUCUGAGCAAACAUGGAUCAAAUAUUCUUCAGUGGCCAUCGGAAAUGUUAAUCUACACAAGUACUGACCCAUCGAUUUCUUAUAGCUGUAACCCUUUAUAUUUUGAUUUCAAGUUAUCAAGAGCAAGUGACAGCCAAGAAAAGCCCAAGCAUCAGCCAAAAAUACUUCAUUUGCACCAUAAAACAGAAUCCAACCAUAGCUUAGUCUCAGAUUUUACAAAUAAACCUAUUUCAGAGUGUGGUGAUUAUGAAACAGAAAUGAACAAGAAUGUGUGCAGCUAUACCGUACCCCUUAUAAGAGAUGAUUCCCUCACAAGAAAUUCUGAUCUUGCAAAAAAUCAAAAUAAAGUGUCCUUGGAUGAGUCAUUCGGGAUUAGAAAAAUAGAAAAGUAUUACAUUUCUAACAAUCACUUGCGACAAAACACUGUGAUAGCUGAGAAAUAUAACAAAGUCUGGAUCAAAGAAAGCCAUGAAAAAUGGCUUCACAGAAGUAAAAAACGGAAAAGGAGAAGAAAAUUAUGUCACUGUCAUCAUCAUCAUCACGUGGUGGAAAUGGACAUGUCCUCGCUGACUGAAAAAGAAAUCAGUUACAGAGAUGAAACUAAAUAUCAGCACCUCCAGAAUAACCCAGAGAAGUGCAGACACGAUGCGGGGAAUAUCUGGCUAGCUACGGGUGCGAUACAACAGUCGCAUCAAAAACUUUGCGUGGAAAAUGGUCACAGGAGAGUCAUGUCUGUGCCAGAUCAUCUACACGGGGACAGAGGCUGGUGUGACGUCUGGAGUGCAAAAACCAGCGUCCUACGCCAUGGUUGUAAACGACUGCACAGGAAGAGCAAAGGAAGCUCCCGGAGACAGGCAAAGCGGCUGGCGUCGAGUUCCAGGAGGCACAGCUUAAGGUACUCUAAAACAUGUUGUAGCUGGAAAGUCCGGAGGUCAAGCUGUAGCCCAGAGCAUAAGUGUUUAGGACACUGCAGCGAGGAGAAGAGUCCGAGUCAAAACCAAUCCAUAAAGAGAGGUUACAGUGUUCUGACAGAGGAACCUGAAAAAUCCCGCCGGAAGCGGAGACAGCAUACCUAUUCCUCUUCGUCAGAUGAAAGCUCAUACGGGCAGACCUCUUCAGCAGAGGAAUGUCUGAGGCAAGCAAGUCCGCAUCACAAGGCAAAAGGGAAACGCAGGAGAAGGAAAACCAGAAUCCCUCGUGGGUUUGUUGACAGGAAUGCGAGAAGUGAGACCUCCAGACUUUCCAAAGAAAAUUCUGCAAGUUCUACGUUAAGUAUUUUGGGGGACUUCUUGACUGAAGACAAUCUAGAGGAAGCUCAUGUGGAUCCCACGGUGGAUAAUGGGAAAGAUACGGCUGAAACGAUGCAGCUGGAGGAGGAAGGCAAGUCAUCGCUAGAAACUGAUAGUGCACACGUGCCGGAAAGCGACCAACUGGCAGCGUGCAGAGUGAUGGAGGGUGCUCCGAGCACGCUUUCUGACACGGGUUCUGCCGCCUCUGUGCUUGAGAACAGCGCUCCGGCAGCUGACGGCAUGCAGGGCGUUCCGCAGCAGGAAAAGAAACAACAAAACGUCAGCGGUCACGAAAAUCCACCUCGUUGCAAAGCUCCCCCCGCCAGCAGACAUUUGGGACGAGCUUCCCCUAAAUCCUAUCUUUGCCAUUACGAGUUGGCCGAGUCUCUGCCGCAGGAGAAAAUAAAUGAGGCGGCGGGUGAGUGGGUGCAGUGUAACCCUGGCGUGUUUAGCAGCCCACCACCCUUGCCGUUCAAAGAAGCACACAUGAACAGUCAUACCUUUGUAACGACUGAGCAGUUAAUAGCCCCCUUCCCCCUGCCCGAUCAGGCGUUGCUAUUCCCCCCAGAUAACCACGACAAAUUCAAAGAUCUCCCAUCCGAGGCGUAUCCGCAGAUCGCGCCACAGAACAUGCUGAACAAAGUGAAGUUCGCCUUCCCUCCCCCG